ACCGGUUUAGUAUCGUCACGCUGCUGCAGACAUGAUGUACCAACAUUUGAAUGCAUAAACCUCUUUAGUCAAGAGAUACAUUCACCCUUGUGUCCUUUUUCCUGAGAGUGACACAAUCCGAACACACCCAGUUAAAGUGAGGUUUGAUUAUUGGAUUGCAUUUUCACAGAUUAUCGUUAAUAUUUACGCUGACUGAAUGGCAGACCUGGAGGAAACAAGCACAACACAUGUGCUGGAAGUGUUUUUAGAGCUGAGAAAAAGGCUGCAGAGUGGACUCCUCAUUGUCGGGAAAGCUGUAGCCAGGCGUCCUGCUGAUGUGGUUGUCACAGGUGGAGAUUCGUCCCUCUGCAUCCAGACUCUGCGCGGUGAGCUGAGCCUGGCUUUGCCAGCAGGAGUCGCCUUGGAGCAGGGCUCCUGCAUUCCGACACCAGCGGGAGAAUCGCGUGAUAAGGAGCUGCAUUACAGACUGCGCAUCACUGUUGCACGGAGCCCAGACGAAGAGGCUCCUGUCACCGUGAUGGAGGCACUCCGGGCAAAUGAGACUUAUUGCUUCCACUGCCAAAGCUGCAUGACCAGGCUGCUGGAGGACAGAGUGUUUAAGCGCGUGCUCCCUCUCCCUAAUGGCAACUGGAACGCCAUUGUGGACGACUGGUGUUGCCACCCGGAUCCGUUCGCUAAGAAGUUGCUGCCCAGAGCCGAGGAUUGUUUAGUGGGCGACACCUUCCUCCUCCUUCACAGAGACGACAGCUGUGAUCAGACUCUCACAGACGAAGUGGGGCCUGUUGGUGUCGAGGACAGUCACGAUCCAAAGAAACCCUGCCGCCGACUGGCCCUUGUCUACUGUAAGAGCUGUUCUUCAGUUCUGGGAGAGGCCAUUGCACCAGGGAUGCUGAAGCUGUACUUCACACAGGUGGUAGUGGAGACCGCAGUGGGAGACAGGAAGGCAGACACAGACUCACUUGACAGAUCCCUGUUCGUGGAGAGGACAAUAGCAGCCAGGCUGUUGGAGCUGUCCAACUCACUGAGCACCUUCCACUUCGCCGUCCAGACGCCUGAUGAGAAGAACUUCUUACUGCUCUGGCUGCUGAACAGUGACUCCAUCAUAGCGUCGGUCCCAGAGACGCGUGUCGAGGUUGUGAAGUCUGUCGGCUCCACUGCUCUUCACAGUCCAUCGCCCAGAGCUGUCGGAGCCCUGAAAGUCCUCUAUGUUGUCUGCUCCAACCCGGGCCCCCAGCAGAGCGACAUUAUGUCUAGUUGGGAGGUCAAUGUCAUCGGACAUCCUGUGGUGCUCCCCCUGAAGGUGUGUGAGGAGCUGCUGCAAGUGAUAGAUGACAGCAAUUCUGCGCUCCCCGGGUCGAUGCGUCACAUGAGGUCCUAUGAGGUGGCGUACCUGAGACUCUGAGGUCAGUGGUCAGAAUCCCGGAGGUCGUGAGCUGUCACUCAUUGAGAUUUGAAAGUGUUUGUUUAUCCUGCGCAGGGAAUGGAGAACACAGACACGACGACGAUAAAGCAGGCAUGAAAUUGUUUGUCAUGCUUGUCUGCGUUUUGGAUCUUGGUUGCUUGUGUCAACAUGUUUGAUCGUUCAUAAUCACCGUCACGCAGAAUCAUGUUGACACAGGUUGUCGUUGAGCUCCUUAAUGUUAACACACUUCCAGCGAAAGCAAAAGUGGAAGAGGAUGACGACAUCAAAAUACUGUAGUUCUCCGUAGAACAGAGAGUCGCAUAUUUCUCUGUUUAUACUUUUUAAUCGUACAAUAUUGUUUAAUAAACUGUAAAUGUACUGUGUAGGUUCAUCCAUUUCUAAGCUCUGUUUUGUAUCACUGACGGACUAAACUGUUGUAUUUUUGAAAGUA